AUGAUUCUGAUCAGCAUCGCCAUCGGGACCAUCGCCAUCCUGUCGGCCCUCUCACUGACGGCGGCCGUGCUCUUCUUUGUGCUGGUCCCAGCAUGUGUGAUCACUAGUUUGCGGUAUCUCCUGCGGCUGAUUGGCAAGACCGGCCGCCGGCACCGGAUCGGCCGACCGAAUGACCCGGUGAUCGGCUUCUUCCACCCUUCCAGGAGCCUCGAAUCCCGACCACAUGUCCAUGCGCUGCCCCUGCCGCCCCAUGGUGGCGGUGGUGGCGAGCGCGUCCUCUGGUCCGCAGUGGCGGCCAUCCAGCGGGCAUACCCAACGGCCGCGGUGUGUGUGUACACCGGUGAUGUGACGGCCGCCGAGGCUGACGCGGCCGGGCGCCAUGCUCCCGAGCACGCCCUGGAUCGCUUCAACAUCGAUCUCCCGCGGCCAGUGCAUUUGGUUCCCCUGGUGGCUCGGCCUCUGCUGAGUCCUCACCUGUGGCCCGUGGCCACGCUGGUGUUCCAAAGCCUGGCCGGUGCCUUUGUCGGCCUGGAGGCCAUUUGGCGUCUGCAGCCGGACGUGAUGAUCGACACCAGCGGCCACGCUUUUGCCUAUCCAAUCUGGAGCUGGGCCAGUGGCGGGGCCACUUGGGUUGCCUCCUACACCCACUACCCGGUGGUGUCUAGUGAUAUGCUCGAGGCACAGCGCGCCCAGAAGACCCUCAAGUCUCGGCUGAAGAUCCCGUAUUAUCGUCUGUUUUCCCAGCUCUAUCGCCUGGCCGGGUCGUAUUCCGGCUUCUCAAUGGUCAAUUCCACCUGGACAUCCAAUCAUAUGGCCGCCAUCUGGCGCCAAAAGCCCACCAUCGUUUUCCCCCCCUGUGACACGAAAACCCUGUCGGCACUGCCCUUGGAGGGGGACCCGGGCGCUGGGCGCCAGCCGAACAUCGUGUAUCUGGCGCAGUUCCGCCCGGAGAAGGAUCAUGGCCUGGUCUUGCGGGCUUUUGCCAAGUACCUUCAAGCAUGGCUCGGAGCCGAGCAGAAGGAGGCCAAUCCGGAGCUUGUGGACUACGAGGCACAUACGGGACGUAUGUCGGCCGCCUCUCGGACCGUUCGGCAGCGGGCCGCCCAGGCUGCUGGACUGGUGUUUAUUGGCAGCAUUCGUGCGGCGCCCCUACAGCGUCAGCAGGACAUUGUCCUGCUGCGUGACCUCAUUUCCCAAGCCCAGAACCUCCUUGGGCAUUUCCCCCCGCGGGUGGGCGUGGCGUCCAGUCCUGAGGACACCAAGGCGGCCCUCUCGGCUCCGGUGGCUGGUCCUAUGGUGGACACGCUGGAUGCCUUGCUCCAGCGCCAGGGCUAUUGGGAUCACCUGCUGGCCAAUGGCCGGGUGCGCUUUUUGGUGAAUGCCCCCUUCGACUUGGUGGCCCGGUAUCUGGGCCAGUCCCAGGUCGGCGUGCAUGCCAUGCGACAGGAGCACUUUGGCAUCGGCGUUGUGGAGACCAUGGCCGCUGGGUGCGUGAUGGUGGCCCACGACAGCGGUGGUCCACAGGCGGACAUUGUGGUCCCCGAUGCCGGAGGGAACAUCACCGGCUUCCUCGCCCGCACGCAUCGGGACUAUGCCCGGGCCUUUUCCCAUGUGCUUGGCACCCUGGACGGGGCUACUCGGCGUCGGAUUGCUGGCCAUGCCCGGGCCCAUGUCGGAGCAGCCUUCAGUCAGCAGCGCUUCGACCGGGCCUUCGUCCAGGCCGUGGCUCCAGCUGUGGAUAUCACCCUGGCCCGGAUGGGCCAGGCGAGUUUGGCCCAGGCGAAGAUCUAA